UACAUAUACAUAACUUAAAAGUAGCAAGAUAUCUUAAUCUCACGUUUGUCAACAAAAUUAUUUACUUGUACGAGAAACUCUUAAAAAAAAAAAAAAUUAUUUAACUUUCUACAAUUAACAGUGAAUUGUUGAAAUUUUAUCAUGUGCUACAAGAAAAGAUAAAAUGAACCUCGAUAAGCUCAUCCGGAGAAAGGAACACGCUAAGCGAGUCCAUGAUCUCCAUCAGCUGGCCGAAAUCACGAAGAAUCUCGGUGACAUGUAUUUCGAAAGUGAGCAACCGACGAAGGCUCUGCAGGAAUAUACGGAGCAGUUAAACAUUUGCAAAAAUUUGCAGGACAAGUUGAAUUCGGCGAUCGCGCACAGAAUGAUCGGGGAGGUUCACGCGAGCUUGGGAGAUUACGAGCGAGCUCUGAUACACCAGAAUCUGCAUCUGGAAGGUGCCAGGGAUAUGAAGAACUUGAUAGAGGAGCAACGCGCCUUCGCCACCCUGGGUAGAACUUACUUCUGUCUGGCCGAAAGUCUGAGCGAUCAUUCACAGAAGCGCGACGAGGCUCUGGUUAAUGCUAAACAGGCUUACGUCAACAGUAUGGAACUGUGCGACAAGUUGGCAGGAGAUGAAAUUAGGCUGCAGGAGAGGACACUGAUGCAGGCGAGACUUCUACUGAAUUUGGGACUGACAUUGGAGGCGCAAAAGGAGACUCGACAAGCUAUUAAUCUGAUUGAGCAAGCAACCGAGCUGUGUGUAUCCAACAAUUUUCAGGAAGACUUACAUCGCACUUGUAUUUCUUUGGCAGCUAUAUAUGAGCGACAAGGCAAUCACGAGUUGGUGUUAAAUUAUAUUGAAAGAGCAGCCACUGUGCAGGACAUAGGUCUGAAAGCUGAGGCGAAAGUAAUCAAGGCUGAAUUCUUCAUGCGAACUGGAAGGUGGAUUGAAACCCGCAAGAUAUUAAUUGCUCUGUAUAAGAGUAGCGGAUUACCAAAGGACAUCAAGCAUCAAGUGGAGAAAUAUUUAAGGAUCAUCGUAACUCUAUGUAGGGCGGAGAAUAAUCUUCUUAUCGAGACUGACGUUAGAGUUAAGCAAAAAUUAUACGAAACUCUAGGCGACGCGGCUGUCGCCGCGCAAUCUUUCGACAAAGGUGCGGAAUAUUAUCGACAUAUGUUGACCUGCGCAGAGGAAACGAACGACCAAGUGAGCAUUUCCUUGAUAAGUCUCGCUCAAACGCUCAAGGAUGCAGGACGAUACAAGGAAGCGAUACCUUUCGCGCGAAGGGAACUCGAACUCUGCACCGAUCCUCGGGAGAAAUGUAGAUCGGCUCUGUUUCUAGCAGACCUAUUAAUAUCAGCGAAGGCUCCUGACUUCGAAAUUCGAGAGUGUUAUAUUUUGGCGUCGAGUUCAGCGAGCGAAAGCGAACGUGUCAAGCUGCAAAGAUCUGCAAUGAGAGACUUCAUCAGUUACCUGGAGAACAUGAAUCAAUUCGACGAGGCGAGGGAUAUAAAACAGAGAGCAGGAUUAACAUCGGAUUCGAGCGAUACGGAAAGCGAAGCCGCGUCCUUGGAAAGCGACGAGAUUGGCGCCGACAUCUGUCUGGAGGAGUUGUCCGAUCUUGAAGCCGAAGAAGAUGUCAAGAGGACGACUAGGAGGCCGAGAACGGGAAUGUCUAUGAUGAAAAGGAACGCGAAGGGCGAAACGCAGUUGCACGUGGCGUGCAUUAACGGCGACCUCGAUUCCGUCGAGAAACUCUUGUCUUCUGGUCACUCGACGAAUGUUAGAGAUCACUGCGGCUGGUCCCCUCUUCACGAAGCUGCGAAUCAUGGCUACGUGGACAUCGCAGAACUGCUCCUGAAACACGGCGCGAAUGUUAACGACCCGGGUGGCAUGUCCUGCAAAGGUAUAACACCGCUUCACGAUGCUGCCUGUUGCGGACACUUUUCGAUGAUGCAGCUGCUGAUGCAAUACGGCGCCAAUGUGAAGCUGAAGACUUACGACGGCGACACAGUGCUGGACUGUUUGGAAGAUUGGAGAGAUCGCGUGGGAAACUUGAGUUCUGAGGAUUUGACGGAGUACAACAUGAUGUAUAAGAAGCUUUCCGCUGUUAUUUCGGUGAAGAACAAGCGGAAGAGAUCCGACAAUGCUCAGACGUCGGAUGAAGAACCUACGCGAUCUCCGAAUAAAGAGUCCGAGAAGAAGAUAUCUGCCGGUGAAGAUUAUAAAAGAACGAUAGCGAAUCUGAGAACUUUCAACAAGACUAACGCGGUUGUCGCAUCAUUUAAAGGUAACGACGCGCCUCUGGUGAAUGAAACACAGGUUCUCAUCGACGACUGGCUGGAUGAUGAUAUUGGAAAUAGAACGAAGAAGAGAUCGUCCACGUCAAAUAAUCGUCACACUGUAGCAGGCAAGAGAAAGUCCGUUGAAAGUACAGAGAGCACUACGAAGAAAUUCAAGCUGAACCGUACACUUGAAGAUGAUGAAUAUCUAAGCAUAAGCGAUGAAGACAGCGUUGAAGAGGACGAAGAUAACGCUAGUGUUGAGAUGAUUCAAUUAUCUGAAGAACCCAAGAGGAUUAGGAAAAAACGACAGACUUCUUUGGUUUCGAAGGGAUUCAUCAUGUCUCGAUCAUCGUCUCCGAUCAUUCACGAAUUGCAAUCAUCUCCGCGUACCUCGACAGUUUCCGAACAGCAGCAGGACGCAGAAUACGUACGUUUACGUAUAUCCGUCAAGGAAGAUACGUUCGACGUAAAGGUGGCAGUUUGCGAGGACGAGAAAGAGUUUCUCGCGCGCAUCACAACUGCUGUUGAAUCCAUGUUCUUCCGCGAAACCGUUUGUACAAUCAAAUUGCAAUUGCAACCGAUAAACGGGGAGGUCGUGACAAAGGAGAGAAUCUUGAAAGUCGAGGAAAACGCUAGACUGGAAUGCGAGAUAGUUGAACUGAGGAUUCCGUCCAUCGUCGAGCGAUACAAGACUAUUUGUCAAAUUCACAAUUCGACACCUCGCGAGAACAUGCUGAGCUGUUUGAAGUCUUGCGAAAACACGUCCAUAUUUCGCACGAGGCCAGACGAUAUCACUAAAGAGCUGAUCGCACCGUUGUUGAAAACCUUGGAAUACGAGAAGAAGGUGACGUUGUUGCAGCUGUCAGGCAUCGCCCUAGGAAUGACAGGAACGUCUUUGCACCGGUGUCUCUCGAAUCUCUCGUCUUUGCAGGAACUCUAUUUGAAGGGUUGCGACAUCGACUUUGCCUGUCUACGUCAAGUGACCUCGUUGCCAUCUCAGUUGAGAGUUCUUGAUCUAAGUUAUAAUCCCUUGGGUUUCGAGAGUCAUAACAUCCUCAGAGGACUAAUCGCACCCUUGAAAUACCUGCGGACACUCAAUUUAUGCUACUGCAAACUGGAAGACUUAAAUCUUUCGCUCGACAAUCCUAAUCUGACGAGUUGCGAUAUUUCCUGGAAUAAAUUAAGUCGCGACGGGAUUAUUUACUUUUUGAAUAAACAAUUGCUCGAUUUGAAUCUAUCCAAUAUCACUUGCUCUGACAAAUUCGUCUCCAGUUUAAUCGCAGACACGACUUUGUCAUCGAACUUGGAAUCGCUGGAACUUUCGUUCUGUGACAUAACAGACUCCGAUGUAAAGAUCAUUAUAGCACGCUUACCUAAACUCCUGAAAUUAAUACUUCGCGGAAAUGCAAAUGUAACUGUAUUAUCUAUAAAUGUAUUGCUGAGUCGUCGGCCUACAUUGACUUAUAUCGAUGUUAGUGGCUGUAAAAAUAUUGCGAGCAGUCCGGAAGAGGAAUUAAUUAUACAAAAUCCCGAGAUUUGUACAUUACUGGCUAACAUAGAGCCUAAUUUAUGUGAUUUGUGGAUUAAACUAUGGCGCGGUGCAGGUAUUGUAACAAAAUUGCCUCAUAACUUAGCAAUCUUUAAACCAAUAAAACUUUUUGGCGAAAAUAAUCUUAAAGUUUAAAAAAUGUUUGAUGUUAUACAAUAUAAAG